UCACAUACAGUGUGAUGGGAGUGGUGGGAGUUAAUUUGGAUGAAGUAGGAUUCCAAUCCAGGUCUACUCUCCGUAAACCUGUCACAACCAGCUAUCAUGUGGCCCUCUAGAGCACUUAACCAUUACUGUGUUUCCAAGACCACCGGCUAAAUUGAGAGCAUGGCUGAAGCGGGGAUGAGCAAGAAGCAACAACAAACACUGCCUACAUGUUCUUCUAAUGAAGGCCUGGUGGAAACAGCUGAUGUAUCUGCCAAAUGACUUAAACGAGAUGGGUGUAGUACUGUCCAGAGUGAAUAACAGUUGUCGAAUGACCUCGAGAGAGGCUGUCAACACAUUCCAAACAGUGAGCAGCAUCUCAGACAGGGAAGUCAACAGUACAGACAGUGACCAUUCUUUCAUCAUACCUAUCCAGACCAAAGCAGUGUGUGAGCCAGAGGAGGUGCUAGUUCCCGCUCUCCCAGAAAGAACCUGUGUGGAGCGAGGCUAUAUCACACCACAGCAAGUGUACAACCUGCUUAAUGCAGAGGAGGGCCAGCCCGCCAUAUAUGAUCCAUACUAUAUGCUCAUCCUGGACUGUCGCAGUGCAGAGAGGUACAAGGACAGCCAUGUGAUGACAGCGCGGGCUGCUGUGACGGUGAUCCACCCUGCACUGGGCUGUCUAAUCAGCUGUAUAGAGCUGCAGAAGUACUCUAUAAUACUGCUCUAUGCUGAACAAGGAUGCAGCCCAGUGGGCAGUGUGAAGGCCAGGGCAGACUCCCCAGACCUCCAGCGCUGUUUCUUUCAGCUCAGUGGUCUGGGAAUGGACCCUGUCAUCAUACUGGGGGGAUUCUCGGCCUUCUAUACCCUCUACCCUUUCCUGUGCACACCACGGAUGGUCCUGCUCGAACAUGAGAGGCACACUCUCACCAUCUACCCCUCGGAGAUCCUGGAAGAGGCUCUCUACCAGGGUUCUGCCACGCAGGCCUCCGACUACCGCAUCAUCAAGAAUUUACACAUCACACACGUGGUCAAUGCCACUGCCAACUGCCCUGACGCUUUCCCCAACAUGUUGUGCUACCUGCGGCUGCGUCUGAGUGAUGAUGCCCAACAGGACCUGGUACAGGCACUGCCACUGGCAUCCAGGUUCAUCAACACGGCCCUGAAGGCUGAGCCAGCUGGCCGUGUUCUGGUCCACUGCAGUAUGGGCAGAAGUCGCAGCUCGGCACUAACACUGGCCUUCCUCAUGCAGCACCGCAGCUGGACUCUGCUUCAUGCCGUGCGCUGGUUGAAGGAGAGGAGGGCAUGCACGGCACCCAACGUGAACUUCCUGCGUCAGCUGUUGACCUAUGAGGAGCAGCUGUUUGGAAGCAGACUCACGACCCUUGACGACAUCCGCAGAUGACUGGAGAUGAAUUCGAAUGGAUUUGAACAUGCACACUGAGAGAAAGUGUGUCAUUUUUUUACAAUUCACAUUCUGAGGAAGUGUAACAUAAGCUGAGACUGAGUAAAUAGGUGGAUUCUGUCCUACAAGACUCUCAGACACCAGCCAGUAGUAUUUCCCGCUAAUCCUGCUUUACCGUCAAGUCCACCACUGUGUUUUUUCUGUGCAAUGUCCAGUAAUCUUGCAGAUGUGUACAUUUAUCAACACUGUAUGACUCAUCUUACUCACGUUAUGACAUUUUGUUGAUAGUUAAUAAAGUGUAUUUAUUAUUUUUUA